AUGUACAAUUUCAACGCAUUUCUUAUCUUUCCUGUCCUCGUCUUUCUUUCUUUCCCCUCACAAAUUCUUGCUACGCUCCCCGAUAUCAUCCCCAACAAGUACAUUGUGACUCUCAAGCAGCACAUUCCCACGAGCCACGUCGACCAGCAUCAUGCAUGGGUCACUGAGAUCCACUCCAGAAGCCUUGACGCCGACAUCCUCGCCGGCAUUGAGAGGCGAUACAAUAUCUCUGGUUUCCAAGGUUAUGCUGGAUCCUUCGACGAUGCAACAAUUCAAAGGAUCAGAGAUAGCCAUGAUGUAGCCGCGGUGGAAUCGGAUCAGUUGGGCUUAGGAGCCUUGUCGCACCGUGCUGGGUCCGGAUCUCAAGAUUAUAUAUUCGACAGCAGUGCUGGUCGUGGCACCUUUGCCUAUGUUGUCGACACUGGAGUCAGGGAAGAUCACCAAGACUUCGGCGGUCGCGCCAGUAGUCAAUGGGCUGUUGGCAAUAACCACACCGACGGUGCGGGGCAUGGCACUCACGUCGCCGGCAUAAUCGGCGGCAGAGAAUAUGGUGUGGCCAAAGGUGCAACGAUCAUCGCGGUGAAGGUGAUAUUCAACCAAAAUACAACAUACUCUGACACCCUGGCUGGGUACACCUGGGCUGUUCAGGACAUCGCAUCCAGGAAACGGAAUUCUCGAUCUGUCAUCAAUAUGAGUCUAGGUGGUGGAUAUUCUGCAGCGCAAAACAAUGCCAUUCAGGGUGCCUUUGAAGCUGGGAUUCUGACUGUUGUUGCAGCUGGCAAUAAUGCCUCGGAUGCCGUCGAGACUUCUCCAGCUUCUGCACCCAAUGCCGUGACGGUGGGUGCGACGACCAUCACAAAACAAUUCGCAGGCUACUCCAACUUCGGCGCGAUGGUCGACAUUCUCGCUCCUGGUAGCGAUAUCAUGUCGGCAUCACCACAUUCCACUGACGCCUAUGCCGUUAGGACAGGCACGUCGAUGGCCUCUCCACACGUUGCCGGACUGUUGUUGUACUUGAUGGGCCAAAAGAAUUAUACCAGCCCCGGGGCUGUCGUCUCACAUCUAAAGGAACUAGCAAUCCAGGAUGUACUUACGGGUGUUCCUAAGGGAACUGCAAACCUCAUGGCAUACAAUGGAGCUGCUUGA